UAAAAAUGGCGAAGAGAAAGAGCAGAGAUGAUGAGUACCGAAAUUUUCAAAAGGAGUGGACAGACUUAUAUGCAUUUGUGGAUAGGUAUGGAUCUCCACACUGUCUCAUUUGUAGUGAAACACUGUCCUCAAACAAAAAAUGGAAUUUAGAGCGGCAUUUCAUGAAAAAACAUGCAGCAUUUGCUACUAAUUACCCUGAGGGUGAUGCGCGAAAAAAAGCUUGCAAGGAGCUGCAGCAACAAAUGAAUGUUGGACAAAAUAGCCUCCUCACAUGCUCAAAAAAAGGUGAAAGCUUAAACUCGGCAAGUUUUGCAGGCUCGUACAGCAUUAUUCGAGAGGGGAAGCCUUUCACUGACGGGGAUUAUGUGAAGAGAUGCAUGCUAAAAAUUGGUCAUGAGCUAUUUGACGAGUUUCACAACAAGGACAAAAUAUUACAGAAAAUUCAAGAUAUGCCAUUAUCGGCAAAAACCAUUCAUGAGACAGCUGUGAAAAUGGCCCAUCAAAUUGAGAAGGUACAAAUGCAAAAGCUGAGCACAGCUGCUUAUUUUUCGUUUGCUUUGGAUGAGACAACCGACAUAUGUGACAUUAAUCAGUUGUGUAUUCUGGGACGAUAUAUUUGUGGGCAUGCUGUGCACGAAGAAAUGAUUGCAAUAUUACCAAUGAAAAAUCAAACAAGGGGCGAAGACAUCCUUAAAACCGUGAUGGACUUUGUAAACGAGAAAGAAAUACCAUUGGAUAAUCUUGUGUCUGUGUGUACAGACAGUGCACCUAACAUGGUCAGCAAAUACAGGGGAUUCCUUACUCUUUUGUCAGAACAGCUGAACCACUUGCUUUUGAACUUUCAUUGCAUUGUGCAUUAGGAGUCACUUUGUGCACAAUCUUGUGGAAUCGAACUCGGAAGUGUAAAACUGGUCGUUUGUAUUGUCAAUUGGAUUCUUUCCCGAGCCCUUAAUCAGCAUCAAUUUCAGUCACUGCUAGAGGAAGUAGAUUCUGAAUACCCUGAUCUAAUAAUGCAUAGUAAUGUUCGCUGGUUAUCCCGUGGCAAAGUUUUGUCUUGUUUUGCCACCUGCAUUAAUGAGAUUAAAUCAUUUUUGGAUAUGAAGGGUGUCAAACACCCUUAGCUUUCAGACUGUGACUGGUUGCUCAAGUUUUACUAUCUCGUCGACAUUACAGGUCAUUUGAAUGAGUUGAACCUUACGCUACAAGGGCAAGGAAAUACAGUCCUAACUCUGCAGCAGGCAGUGUUUAGAUUUGAGUCAAAAUUGACUGUCUUCAUCAAAGAUAUUGAGACGGGCAGACUGGCACAUUUCGAAAAAUUGCGAAUGUUUUGUGAUUCGUAUCAGAGAGAGAAUCCCAAUAACAGCCUUGAUUUGCAGCAGCUCGCUGGGUUUGUUUCUGAACUCCUAAUGGUAUUCAAGUCUCGUUUUGUUGAGUUUCAUAAACACGGUGUUCUAUUUACAUUUAUGAUUCGUCCACAUAAAACAUUCAUUGAAGAACUGGAUUUGACAGUCAUUCCAGGUAUCUCGGUCAGCAAUUUGGAAAUGGAAAUGGCAGAUUUCAAGGAGUCAGAUAUCUGGGUGGAAAAAUUUGUCAAGCUGAAUUCUGAUUUAGAAUGCCUUGCUCAACAACGUGCAGAAUUAGCAAAACUGCACAAAUGGGCUGACAUGAAGAAAUUGGAGCGUGAUGAUCAUCUGAUUCUGCAAACUUGGAAAGAACUUCCUGUCACAUAUAACACCAUGCAGAAUGUCAGCUUGGCCUUACUUUCAAUGUUUGGCUCCACCUAUAUGUGUGAGCAGGCUUUCUCUCAUUUGAAUCACAUCAAAGGUACUUUGCAUUCAAGAUUGACCGAAGACAGCCUGAAUGCAUGCAUGAAGUUGAAUUUGACCAGUUAUGAUGUAAACUUCAAAGAAAUGUGUGAAAAGAUGCAGCAGCCAAAGUCCCACUAAAUAAAUUUCCAUUCCGUCACUGAUAC